AUGGCUUGCAACCUCAGAGAUUGCCUGGUGCUGCUGCUUUCUGUACUCUGUACUCUGGGCACCGAUGGAAACAUCACUCGUGGCACGCGUCUGACAGAUGGAAGCUGCGUGAGGCAAGGCCUCGAGGCACCGAUCUCUGACGCCUUCCAUCGAGAUCCAGCACCUGACAGACCCCUCCUCUCUGUCCAUCGACGGUUCAAGUCCCGCAGCUACAGCUCUGCCGAGGAGCUCACCAUCACUGCCAACAAGUCAGAAUCCAGCUCUUCAACGCCUUCCGUCAAGACGGUCGUUUCUGACGAUACGCCUCUCCUGAGCGCAGGCAUUCCAGACGCCUCCUCUGUCCCCACCGUCGAAACACUUCCAAACCCGGUCGGCACCAAACGUCAAAUGUUUGCACAAUAUCUCAAUUUCAACAGAGCUGCUACGGCUCGGCCAGAAGUUUCUGGAACAGAAAUAGUGGCAGGCGACUUCGACAACACGCCCACCCCGAGUACCCGUCCAUCAUUUGAGGAGACAGUUGUUCUGGCCCCAGGAAAAGGCAUGGCCUCGACCCUAUCCUCAGCUUCAAAAUCUGCCGCCGGCCAUCGACAUGCGCUGCUCAAGACCCAGCCCGGCCGGGCCAUGGACGUGGACCGAGAUCUCCCUGUUCCCCCUAUUCUGAGUCGAGAGCCCUCUACCGAUACGGUUCCGUUCCUGCGUGCGUAUUCGCCAGAAACGUUCGAAGCGAAACCCAUGGUAGCAGACGAAAGAGCACGCUCGCUCCGAGCUACAGAAUCGCCGUCUCCUGACCGGAUUCCUAUCGGGCCGCCCAGAAACCCAUACGAUCAACAGGAGCGGCCAUGCAUCGACCCAACACUCCACACUACAGAAUCACACAGAAAGGUGCAGCAUCCCGGGCUUCUGAAGGGCGCAGACUUUUGCGACGCCGGCACGUCAGGACAGCUCGCUCAACAGACAUCUCUCCCAUCCACAGACUCGGGAAUUGUAUCGUCUACAUCUUCAGAACCUGAGAUCUUGUUGGUUCAGGUACAGCGCACACUGACUGGGGACGACCUUUGCCCUACAACCAUACCCAUAGAAAUUCCAAAGCACGCUGAGCACAGCCGUGCCACAAAGGUUCGACCAGCUGCUGACCUCAAGCCCUUCUACCAUCACGAGAAUAUCAACCAGGGGCAGCAAAGCCACCCAGCUGUGUCAAAAGUUGCUCCCUUUGAUGCCUCGAGGGAGGAAGAGCACGUUUCUGACGCCCAGACCUCUAUGGAGACUUCUAGCGGUGAAGACAGCCCAGACGUGCAAAAUGCUCUUGUUCCGGAAAACGUCUCACGAAAGGUGUCUGCUGCUCCUCCAGACGGACGCACCGAAGCAACAGCAUAUCACCAACUCGAAGUCUCUGGAGUAAGCGUACCCUGCCUAGACCACCAACACAUGUCCAAGGUACAGCCAUUGCAAGAUGACGCAGAUGUCUCAAGCCAGGAAAAGUACUUCGCUAUCGGGUCAGACGACUCGCUCCAUAACGAUGAAUACAAUGAUCAGGUGCGUGCAUCUCCUGCCACCAAAUCCACGGCCACCAAGGGUGCAGCUCUCGAUUACAGACGCACAGCGAAAUGGCUCCGAGAUUUACUGCUCAACCGUGACGGAUACAGUGCAGCGUUAACUGAGCGUCCUGAACGAGCCGAAAAUAUGCCGCGCGGAAGAGACAGCAACGAGCGCACUGAGCCGCUUGCCACCGCGUCUGCUCGAAGAUCUAUGUCCCCUCGCAGUUUGACACGUCCGUCAAUGCCAAAACCGAUGCUGGCCCCGACAACGCAAACAGAUUGCGGGAACUGUGUACCCUGCACAGAUGAGGCUUGUUUGGUAUUGCCCGAAAACGAGGUUCGUCGAAUCCCUGUGCGUUCAUCAAGCAUGCCACGAGCAACCCGUCGUCAACAACCCGCACGCGAGCCCUUCCAUACAUGCCCAGGAAUCAACAGACCCGAAGAGUCAUCCGACGGGCCAGAUGUCAUAGAUUUCAUGACCCAGUACGGUACGCCGCGCAAGGAAGAUGGCUCGAUCCGCACCAGGUUGGCGAACCGAAGGGCAGGAGAGGGCAGCAACGGCGGAGAUCUUCCGGGCGACGAUGCUGCAGGCCGCGGAAUGCGCCACGGUCGAGGCAUUAGCCUUCGGAACAAAUCUCAUGUCAGUUUGCCUGGCGUCCGGGCUUUCAACCUGCCCAAGUCACAUCGACGACAACCCAUCGCACGGGACUGGUCACCCGCCCGCAAGCAGUUUGUGGCUACAGUCGCGUGUACAAGCACGGCACUGACUGGAGUGGUUCUGGGCAUCUACGCCGGUAUCGUCCCUUCCAUCCAGUACUACAUUCUCGACACCACGCACGCAACCGUCUACGGCAAUGUUGGAUACCUCUUCGGCGCUUCUCUGAUGAGCGGAAACCCUCAUCAGGAGGUCGUAGACGAGCACGAUGUCAGGAGACACGGAGGAGGACUCGGUGCCUGGCUCGGAAUCUGGACAUGGUGCUGGAUUGGUUCCCUCAGUAUCGGCUUCCUUUUAGGUGCUGCGAUUAUCGACAGUCUUCGGCCUGCAUGGGGCUUCUACCUGAGUAUCAUACUCAUUGUCAGUACCCUCUUGCUGAACACGGUGUGUCCCGAAGUCAGAAGAUCCGCAUUCCGACGAUCUGUUGCAGAAGUCCGGACCGAAACGGCCAUCUCCCGGCGUCUUGCACGAGGGGAGGUCAUGAUGCACAGGAUGAAGACAGGGCCCAAGUGGUGGGGACAGGAGGUCUGGCAUGGCGUACUCCUUUCGCUCGAGAUGCUCUGCCAGCCCGGUUUCGCCAUUAUGGCUGUCUACGUCGGUUGGAUCUAUGCUCAAGUCGUGCUCAUCAUAUUAUUUUUGGGAUCACUGUCCUCGAGAUUCUACAGGAUGCGGUCGCCAUUCGUCGGUCUCAUGGUUGCUGCCAUCGCCUUGGGCGCGCUGGUAGGGAUUCCGUUCCAGAAAGCCAACCUUUUCUCGCGAGCGCGGCACCGUGAGCAGAAUACCAGCAGGAUGACCCUUGACAACAAGUUCCUCUGGACAUCUCAUCUCCUCCGCCGUACCAUUUUCGCAAUUGGUCUCCCUUUGGCUGGCCUCAUCUACACCAUGGUCUCGGAGGGGCCCCCGAUGCACCCGAGCGUUCCCGCCAUCGUCGCCGCCCUCAUAGGAUUUCUCUCCUGCUUGGCCAUUUCUGAGUGCAAUGGGUUCAUCAUGGAAACUUUUGACACAUCUGACCUGCAGCCAGGAAUGGUUGGACAUCCGCGAGAGGAGUCGGCCACGUCCAAGAAGAGGACAAACUAUUCCUCAUUCCCCAGAGUCAGUGCUGGCCUUGCCCUGUGCCACACCUUUGCCUUUGUCUUUGCAGCAGGAGCCUCAACUCUUGGCGGCCUCUCUCUGCGAAACCUCGGGCAGCGAGCCGCGACAGGUGUGGUGGCAGGUAUACUGUUCGUCUUGACAUUACUACUUCUCAUUGGACUCAUCCGUUUCAAGGAGGUUCAAAUCAUUCCAGCCUGCAAGUCUUUUGAGAUGGACCGCUGGACUGAAGUCCGUCGCAAAUCGUUACACCGCCGGGCCUCGAUGCCGAAAGGCACACCCAGUACCGACGAUGCCGUGGCCGAAGACGAGCCGUGGCGUCCGAUCGUCAUUGGCAAUCCGGUAGCCAAGACGCGCCGCGUGAACAUCCUCGAACUGGGCCCCAUGACGCGCUGGACUGAGAUUCGACGAAGGAACAAGCUCGUUGACGCCAAUGUCAGCGCUGGUCGAGCAGCGCUUGACGUUGUGCGUGAUGUCCGGGAACUCGUGUCACGAUCACCCAGCCAACGCAGCGUGACAGAGAGUACGCGGCGAGGACAUUUGCAUCGCAGCGGCGGUUCCGGCGGCAGCAACGACAUGGAGCUGGACAAUCUGCGGCGUCAAGCUGCGAGCACAUCUGCCAACAGCCACCACAGCUGGACCACGGCAGACCCGUACGUGGAGCGUGAAUGCGUCCUCGGCCAGACUGUGCGAGAAGAGCAGGAGGAGGAAGAGCCCAGCUACGUAAAGUCGGAUACAAGCGCCGAUGAAACGGCGGCGGAACAGUACAGCACACGCAUGCGGACUUCCAAGGUCAGACCCAUGUACCAAGGGCCACCAAAGGGGAAAGGAAAAGGAGAUUGA